AUGGAAGAUUCAAAAGACUCCGAGGUGGGCGAUUACGAGAAACCAUAUGCUCCAGAGUCUCGAGACUCGAAUUCAGUUCUCCGAAUUUUCCAGAAAAUGAAAUGGUUGAAGUUGUUGCUCAAGGAGUUGCCACCGGGAAUGAGACGUUUGAUUAUUCUUAAUUCUCAGGUUCUUUCAGUGGAUUCGCUUUUCUUUAAACACCCGGACUUUGCAGUGAAUGUCAGACCAAAGAACCAAUUGGUGAAGACAACGUACAUGAAUCUCCUCCUCUGUCUCAUCAAAACACUGGACAAGCCUCCACAUAGCAUCACCGACACUGAGCUAAGCAACGCUCACAGCGAGUUGAUCGAGCUAACAGGAGCAGCGGGAUUCAAGCUAGACUGGUUAAAGACAAAGCUUGAUGCGAUUUCCUUGGAGAGGAAGAAAGAAAAUGCUGAUGGUUCUCGAGUCCGAAAAUUCGAGGAACAAAUCCACAAUCUCAAAGCUGAACUGAACAAGGAGAAGACCAAAUCUGUAACUUCUUCUGCUAAGGUUUUGUCAUUGGAGCAGACAGUGUCAGAUCUCAAAGCUGAACUGAACAAGGAGAAGCUCGAAUCUGAUACUCAUGCUGCUAAAGUUGUGUCGUUGGAGCAAACCUUGUCGGAUCUUAAAGAUGAGCUGAACAAGGAGAAGGGCAAAUCAGAUACUUAUGCUGAUAAGGUUGUGUUGUUGGAGCAGACCUUGUCUGAUCUUAAAGAUGAGCUAAACAACGAGAAGGGCAAAUCAGAUACUUAUGCUGAUAAAGUUGUGUCGUUGGAGCAGACCUUGUCGGAUCUCAGAGGUAAGCAGAACAAGAACAAGAACAAGAACAAGAAGCGGAAAUUAAGCCGUAAAUAA